GUAAAACAUGGCUUCGCCUGAGUUGUCAAAUUUUUUUUUCGACAAGUUAUGAUUUUUAAUAGGCCUAUUGAAAUUAAUCAGUAGAUCUAGGAACCGGUUUUGCAAGUGCAAUACCAAUAUGAGCUAGUAUUACCAGGAGUGUAAAAUACUGUUGAGAGUCGUUAUUAUGUACAGUACUGAAUACUACAUGUACAUGUAUCAACAUCAGAUCCUGUAAUAUAUUAAGACGAGUGUGUGUAGUAGACCUGACCUACAUGUACAUACAUGUUGAUACUAUAGGAUAUAUAUAUAUAUAUGUACAUGUUUUUAAUUACCUGUUUAUUAACAUUUUAACUUUUUAUAUUUGAAUUCUACCAGUCAGAUGAAAAAAUGAGAAUUUCACCUCUACUCCAGCUUAUUGUCUUCUUAAUGACAGUAGAACACAUAAGUCUGUAUAGGCGUAAGUUCCGUAGAGCACAUCUUGAAGCAAAGAAAUUGAACAUGUUUAAAUCAAAUGGUAAAUCAGCCAUCAUCAAUGCAUUUUCACCCCAACAAAUACAUAUUUCCUAUGGCAAGAGUCCAGCGGAUAUUGUUAUUUUAUGGGCUACACGAAUUAAGGAACCAAAAAUGGAAGUUCAGUAUAAUGCAGAUCCACGCAUGAAGUACAUUAGUGUUGUUGGUGAACAAAUUGAGUUUGCAAAUGCUGGUGUAAAAAGUGCAAAAUUUUGGCACAGAGCAUACAUAACAAAUUUGAAACCAGGAGAAAAGUAUUUUUAUAGAAUAUUCAGUAAACAGAAUGGUGCUAUUAGUGAGGUUUCUUAUUUUACAGUUCCUCCAACUAAAGUCAAUGUUGUUCAUUCUUAUAUGGUUUUAGCUGAUAUGGGAACUCGGACAAUCAAUCUACCUUUCAUUGUUCAAGAAGCUAUAAAUAAGCGGUAUACAGCUGUCUUUCAUAUUGGUGACAUUGCUUACGAUCUACAACACGAAAAAGGUUUGGUCGGGGAUAAAUAUCUAAACAGUAUUCAACCAAUGGCAUCUAAAAUACCUUACAUGGUAUCCCCUGGAGAUCAUGAAUUAGGGUCAGACUUUCAGGAAUAUUGUACAAGGUUUUCUAUGCCUAAUUUAGGAUGGCCAAUGAAGGCUGACAAAUUGUGGUAUAGUUUCGAUGUAGGAGCAGCACAUUUCAUCUCAUUAAAUACUGAAGUCUUCUUUUCUCACAAGAAAAGAAAGAAUCCCCAGCUGGAAUGGCUGAAAAAAGACCUACAAACUGUAAAUAGUAAACGUAAUAAUCGACCAUGGGUAAUUGUUCUAGGACACAGACCACUGUACAGUUCUUGUGAUAACAGAAAAGACUGUUUAAAUGAAACAGCUACAAUGCAAAAGGAACUUGAGGAUUUGUUCUUUCGAAAUGGUGUUGAUUUGUAUAUUGGUGGACAUUAUCAUAAUUAUGAACGAUCGUGGCCAGUGUAUAAACAGAAGGUCAUCUUCAGCCAUUAUAAGAAUCCUAAAGCACCAGUCUAUAUUACUGUUGGUACAUUAGGCUCCAUAUAUCUAAAUGAAAAAAUAAAUAAACCGAAUGGUGUUUGGUCUGCCAAGAGAAUUUCAGAUGGCAUUGAAAAUUACGGAACCUUAGAUGUUAUCAAUGCAACUCAUUUAAAAUGGAGAGUUUUUGCUGCUCAAAAUAAUAAGAAACUUGAUCUUGUAUGGAUAAUUCAACACCAUCCAAGACGCUUUGGUGAUCCAAAAGAAUACCUUACUUUUAAACAAAAACCUCCAAGAGCCCCAUUACCGCCCGAACCUAAUCUUGAAUACAAGAAACAUGAUGAAAAAUAUAUGUACUUUAGAUCUUAUAGACCUAAUUUUCAUCGAAAGGGUAUGUUGUAUAAAGAAGCUGGUCUUAUUAUUGCUCUUAUGACUGUGUGUAGUUUUGCAGUACUUCUUUGUGUGUUUUACAAAAAAUUGUGGCGGAGAGCGCGAUUCUAGUUUAGAGUGAUAAAAAAAGUAUAGUGUCAAUAAAUUUAUAAAAUAAACAAUACAUUCCUAAUAAUCAAGAUAUCAAGUUUGUAAAAUUCUUUUAAAAUUUUAUUUUUAAAGACGUAUAUUUACCAAUUAGGUAAUGUUUCAAACAUCUGACAAUUCUCAUCAUAUUCACAUAAUAAAUAUAUGUGAGUGUAAAAUGUUGUGCUUUAGACUGUGCACUAAUGACCCCAUGAAACUUUCUUGAAUGAGCAAUUCAAAUAUUCAUUAAAAAAAAAGAAAAAAUAGAUAUACCAAACAAGUUUCAUUACCGGAUUAUAAAAAAGGGACCAUGCUCUUCAACUUCCCAAUUGUUAGCCAUCUCAAUUUAGAUCACUCCUUAUGAAAAUGAACUUACAGAUAUGAAUUUGUCCAUAGCCUUAACUUUCAAUUAUCUAGUUUCUUUUUUCUGAAGGUGAUGAUGGGAAAAGGGCGUUUUACACCAAUCUAUAAAUUAUGUGAUUGAAUAUGGCCACAAGUGUAACUGAGAUGAUAAACUUUGUACAUAUGUAACAUAAGGUGCUAUUAUUAACGAUAAGUUUGUUAAAGUAUUCAGCUUUUAAUUAGAAUGGUUAUCAGUCAUGUUUUAUAAUCGGUUUACUUCUGUUUGAAUCUUAAAUAAUGCAUUGUCUACUUGGCUUGAAAUUUAACAUGUCAGAAAAUGACACAAUUUAUAUUACAUAUUUUUUAUUAUUAACAUUCUAUAAACAUCCUUGCCUUUAUUUUUGAUAGUAACGUAAUACAUGAUUUUUGGAAUGCCGAUGUGAUAUAAAACUUGUGACUUGUAAAUCUUUGGAGCCAGAUGUGUAAGUACAUAUAGGUUACUGACCUGAUGAUGUGAUUCAAGUCAUUCGAACAUCAAAGUUUGUUUAUUGAGCAAACCGACAGCUAUGUAUCUCAGGUCUUAAGUGUUCAAUCUUCUUGAAGUCCUCCAUGUUGGUCAGUAACCUUUACUUGUUGUUUGUCAUGUUUUUUAACUAUUCAUUUCAUAUAAUUGUUAUUAUUAUCUCUCAUGUUAAUUGAAUUAGAUUUUCACUGUUAGAUCAUCUUGUUAUAAGACUAGUAAGCUAAUACACAUUUGUAUUUAUUUUAAAUACACACCAGUAUUAUGGGAAAAGAAACAUUUAUUGCUGAUAAUAGUUUAUUUUAUCAUGGCCUUGUUUUAUUGUUUAAAAUUGUGUCUUUUCUCUACUUUUGGAUCACACCCACUGUAAAUGACUGUCUGCCUCUUUUUGCAAAGUUAUGACUUAGAGGGGAUGCCCCUUAGACUUGGGAACAGGUAGUCAGUGCACAGGAACUUGGUUGAUGUUUGCCAACCAAUUUUUACAAGUUGUCGGCAAAGAGUAUAUUUUGUCAACCCACAUUUCUCAAGAGACCUGUUUGAUGGGUGUACUCAUCCCAUCCAUUCUUCAAAAUAGAAUAGUCUCGGGCAAUGAACCCAUACCACAUGUACAGCCAUGUAUAUACAACCAGCAGGAGUACAUGUAGAUAUCUCUAGUUACCGGUAGUAUGUAUAAUCCUGCAUGUGUACUAGAAAAUUACUCUAGGAUUCAGCAAAUUCCCAAGGACAAGGGUAGAGUCACCUCUUACCCCAUUUAGAAUUUAAGGUCUGUGAACUGACUCAAAAUAUAGUUCAGGUGCCACUGGAGGGAAUGUUACUAUUUAACGGUAAUUAUGAAUAAUACAUGACAUUCUAAAUAGACAUUAUCACAUUAAUCACGAAAUUGAUUGCUUUCACUAUUAUAUCAUUUACUAGUAAUAACCGUAGAGACUCUUUUUUUUAAUUGAAAAUACUCAAUGUUCCAGUAUGAGUGCAUAUUUGAAUUAAAAACCUCUGUACAUUGGUAAUGGUUUGCUGUAUGACCAAACAUGCUCACUUUAAUUGGAGUGAAAAUACAGAACAUAUUACAAAAUCAAAAUUUAUUGUUAAAUAAAGAUUGUAAAGAGCCAUUUUCUUACUGUAUCAACUGGAUUUGGAUAAGUGAUUCCUGAUACCAGAUACCAUUUGUGAUUUUACAGACAUUAUAUAUAUAUUAAUGUUAAACUUGCUCUGCAGGAUUUGUUGAUAAUGAAUUUAGUGCUAAAGCAGACUGGUACCUGGUAGGCACAUUAGGGGAAAAACAAGCCCAAAUAUACGCAAGAACAUUUGUUACAUCCUAUAGGAGGUGAAUAAGGCAAUCUCUAGAUCUUUUGGUAUAGUUUUGAUACCGAAGAAGCAUGUGUCAAAUUUUGAUUCUCAAAUUAAUUAGCUUAGACAAUGUAAUGUAAAUUCAAUAUGUAAAUUGAGAAUAGUUUCUAUUAUUUGCCUUUCAUGUUUAUUGGAUAUGUUUUUCAUAGGCCUGCAUUCUUACAUUUUUACUAGUGUUAGACCUGCUUGUUUAUUUAAUUGUUUCCUUCCGUCCAUCCAUCACGAUCUUUGAAACACAAUAAAUAUGUCUUGUGAACAGAUUUUGAUAAACUUCAUUAUCAUAGUCAGUUCAUACUUAUUUAUUUAAUUAGCCUACUGAAAUCUGAUUGGUUGAUAAACAGUUCCCACAUGCACAAUUCUAUGCAUUCUGCAGUGCUGGUGUUUCUAAUGAAAGAACUUUGCUAGAACUUAGAAUAUAUUUGAUUAUACAUUCAUGGUCACAGUCACUCACCAAAGUUAGCCUGCUGAAAUUUCUUUGAAGUCAAAAAAGUGAAUUAACUUACUGCAACCUGAUUGUUUGAUACCUUAACUGAUAUGACUGUAAGUUGACACAGUGAUUUUGAUAAAACUUAAAAUAAUCCUUUGUUGAAUAUGAUUGUAACAGUCUCCCACAUGUAUAUAAUAAGUACACUCAUACUGCCAUCUGAUUGGUUCAUAUCAACUAAACUAUGAACAUAUCUCCAUAAUAAGUGUGUGUAUGGUGUAUUUACUGUAAUUUAUUGGAACCACUGGAUUUGUUUGACUGGAAACCAUUCAAUUUUAAGAUGUUCACAUAUUCUAUUUUAGAGAAUAUUGUCACUCCUAUCCAUUUGUCUGCCCACAUUGACUGUAGAUACUUUAUUGGUCAGUGUUUUAGAAAUUUGUUUAGUUAUUUUAUAAGAAGAAUAUGGGAAUUCUGAGUUGCCAUGUUAAACCCUGUGUUGUCAAAACCAUGUUCAGAUUCACUUUUCAUUCAAAACUUGUAGACAUGAUCCAUGUCAGUGUUUUAAAAGAAUAUAUAUUUUCGUACAUGUAGAGGUUGUUUGAAUAGAUCUAUCAUAGUAGUAGUAGUAGUACACAUUUUUUAAAAACAAUAAUGUUUUCAUUUUAUCCUAUUUUAAGGAUCUGUCUUGAACGGUAAACCUCUUACUUCUUCCACUUAAUCACAGCAUAAUUCACCCUUUUCAUGGUUAGUGUGGAUGACAUAGGUGCUAGUUGCUUAUCAAUAUCACAUCUGUGGCAUAAUUUGUUCGGUAGGCUAAUAUAAAAAAUUUUAUUGAAAAUAUCUUUUAUAUGUGUGUAUUAUAUGGUUUAAAACUGGUUUCUGACUUGGCACAAUAUUAUUUCACUUCUUUGAAAUUUACUUAGCAAAGUUGUUAUUUUAUAAAAUAUAGCCUAAGCUAUUAUUAUAUAUGAUGACUUUGGAAAUAAAUUGUUAAAUAACUUCAUUUAUCACCCAAUAAUACAUUCUACAGUAGAUAUUGCUUGUGUGAUAUAUUUCAUAAUCUACUGCGAUUCGCUUUACAUGAAUUUGAUUGGUCAGUUGAAAAGGAACUACUUUUUUUUAUUUUCAAAGAACAGUUCAUUUCUUAUUAACAGUAACUUUUUUUAAAUUAAAAAUGAUUUAUUGUUAUUCAAUUGACCUUGAUGGAAACACUGGGUCAAUAUAAAGGACUUUGCAAUGGUUGAAUUGCUGUCAAAAAAUGAUGUAUCACUACGCCGUAAUGUUCAGUAAAAGUGAAAUCUACAGCAAAGAAUUAUACUUAUCUAUUUGUGCAUGUAAGAAGGGAUUGGGUGAUAAAUAAAAUCUCCUACUCGCCUUUUUUUUGAUAUAAAAAAAGACUGGUAGGAGAUUCUCUAUAUGUAUCUGAAAAACUGUUUCUGUAAUAAGACAUGUACCUAUGUAUAUUUAGUUGUAUUAUGCUGGGUUUACACUGUGAACUUUUUAUCAGAAAGUUGAAAAAGUUAACUUACUUGCAAACUUGACACAAAUAUGACUGGGUAGAGUUCAAUUUUUUUUAUUAGAAAUGAGUUCAAUUUUGUAUUAGAAAUGAGUUCAAUUUUGUAUUAGAAAUGAGUUCAAUUUUGUAUUAGAAAUGAGUUCAAUUUUGUAUUAGAAAUGAUUGUAAGUUGUUUUAGAGUAGCUUACAUUCCUACUGAUUUCUUUGAUAAUACAGUAUCAAUCAAGUAAACAUAGGCUCCCUACUCCAUCUUGGUAUAAGACUGAUGGGGUUUUAUAACUUUUGUAGCCUUUAAUGAGAUAAGAUCAGUUGAUAGCUGACAAUGUUCAGAAUAAUGUAUUUGUGAUACUAGACCUUGUGACUUUCAUCAGAUCAUAACCAAUCCAGUCCAAUUGUCUGCUUAAGUUAUUUAUGUUUUCAAGACAUUCAAAAUAGAACACAUUUUAUUUCUGCAGCUGUUCUGGCUUGGCUUAUAAGUUAGUUAAGAAAUUGGAUAGUCUACUGACAGUGUCACAGAUCGUAGCAUACAAAUGGAUCUGUUGAAAGUGUUGUUACCUGUACCUGGUAGUUGACUUUAAAAGGCUUGAAUAGUAGCUAACAUUUUAAUAGUUUAUAUAUACUGUACAUAAAAUCAAAUACAUAACCUUUGAGCAGGACAUGAAUAUUGUUUUAGUUUAAAAUAAAUUUAUCUGA